AGAGGUCAGCGUCUGCGGUCCUGAGCCUGCGCGUUCGAGGAAAAAUAAUUUUGUUGAUAUGUCUGCCGUAGGGUUUUAAUGAAUAUUUUUGCGGGAUUUAGUGUUUCAGGAAGACUGUACGCCCGCGGCCUGGUCUGAUGGAAAACUCCAGAGACUUGGUGGAGCGUCCAUCCAGGAAGCGCCGGGACUCCUUUGGGAUGCUGGACGGUUUGGAGGAGGAUCGAAGCAGCUGCAGUACUGAGUCCAGUGGGGGAAGUGGAGCAUCCAGCCCCGAGGACAGUGAGGAUGAAGAGUUAGGAGAAGGAGGAAGAGGAGGAGGGGUGACUCAACUCGCCCCCUCUUCCUCCUUGACACUAAUCAAGACCAAUGGACAGGUUUACACCUACCCCGACGGGAAGGCAGGCAUGGCAACAUGCGAGAUGUGUGGUAUGGUGGGAGUCCGAGAUGCUUUCUACAGUAAAACCAAACGUUUCUGCAGCGUCUCCUGCUCUAGAAGUUACUCCUCCAACUCCAAGAAGGCCAGCAUCCUUGCCAGACUGCAGGGGGAAUCAGGCCGGUGUCUGUCUCUCUGUGUUUUAAAGGGGAAACCUCCCACUAAGAAGGCCAAGGUUCUGCAGAAACAGCCUCUGAUUACCAAACUAGCCGCUUACACUCAGCACCAAGCCAACCAGCAGAGCGGUGUCAAAAAGAGCGUUUCUGUGGAGGUGUUUGACUGGGGUCGUUACCUUGGCGAUGGAGAUGUGAUGGGAGCGCCAGUCAGCUGCUUCAAACACGUCCCGAUGGGGAAGUCGUGGGGCGGCAUCAGUGAAGGCGUUCGAGUCGAAGUCCCAAACACUGACAGCGGCUUGCCCAUGAAGGUUUACUGGAUUGCUGGCAUCAUUAAACUGGCUGGUUUUAAGGCCUUGAUGCGUUACGAAGGCUUUGACAGCGACUCCACCAGAGAUUUCUGGUUGAAUCUGUGCGUGCCCGACAUCCACCCAGUUGGCUGGUGUGCUGCCGAAGGAAAAGCUCUGGUCCCUCCUCAGACCAUCCUGCACAGGUUCACCAACUGGAAGACCUUCCUUAUUAAACGACUAACAGGAUCGAAAACACUGCCACCAGACUUCCCCUCCAAGGUGCAGGAGAGCAUGCAGUUUCCCUUUAAGAAGCAGAUGAGGGUGGAGGUGGUGGAUAAGACUCACCUGUGUAGGACUCGGGUCGCUCUGGUCGAACAGGUGAUAGGCGGUCGUCUGCGGCUGGUGUAUGAGGAGUGUGAUGACGGGACGGACGACUUCUGGUGUCAUAUGUACAGCCCUUUGAUCCACAGCAUCGGCUGGUCUCGGUCCAUCGGACACCGCUUCAAACGAUCCGAUGUGUCGAAGAAGCUGGAUGGUCUGGUGGACGCUCCUGGACAGCUGUUUGUGAAGGUGAAGGAGGUGGAUCAAAGCGGUGUGUGGUUUGAAGAUGGGAUGAAGCUGGAGGCCAUUGACCCUCUGAACCUGUCUGCCAUCUGUGUGGCAACAGUCAAGAAGGUCCUAGCUGACGGAUAUCUGAUGAUCGGCAUUGAUGGUUCAGAGGCAGCUGACGGAUCAGACUGGUUUUGUUAUCACUCCACCUCUCCUUCCAUCUUCCCCGCUGGCUUCUGUGAGAUCAACAACAUUGAGUUGACUCCCCCAAGAGGCUACACUAAUCUUCCCUUCAAAUGGUUUGAGUAUCUGAAGGAGAACAAGUCUCUGGCUGCUCCAGUCAACCUCUUCAACAAGGACGUACCUAACCAUGGUUUCCGUCCUGGUAUGAAGCUGGAAGCUGUGGACCUCAUGGAGCCCCGGCUGGUCUGUGUUGCUACGGUAACCCGCAUUGUGCACCGGUUGCUACGAAUACACUUUGAUGGCUGGGAGGACGAGUACGACCAAUGGGUGGACUGUGAGUCGCCUGACCUGUACCCGGUCGGCUGGUGUCAGCUGACUGGAUACCAGCUGCAGCCUCCUGCUCUUAAUGCAGUUUCAGGUUCCAGAGAGCUACAAUCAGCAGUGUCCAAACAGAGAAAGAAAUCUCAGCAGUACAAGGGACAAAAGAAAAAGAGGAAGCUUCCCAUCGCCAAGCGACCCGUCAGUCUCUCCAGUGUUGUGGUGAUGGGUGUCCCCAGGAGCCUGUCAGGAGAUGAGAAUGAGAUGCCACCUUAUUACCCAUCACCCCCUACUCCUGCUGCAGCAGCCCAACCCCACUCUGUCGCCCCAGAGAGCAGCCCUAAUACUGAGAGAGGGGCAGGUUCACAGAUUAAAGAGGAGAGUGCUGAAGGGACAGAGUUAUCUUCUGGAAGGACUGAAACAGAAACCAAUGGAUCCUCUAGAGAAUUAUUCACCAGCCAGGACUAGAAGUAGGCCUCAUGUGUUUCUCCCUCUCUCCUUUAAUCUCUCUAUCAUUCACAUCUUUCUAAAUUUCCCUAGAAUUUGAGUUUCAAGCAUCGUAAAAUCAUCUACUGUGAUUAAUGUUUGGAUAUUAGAUGAGAACCUAAAACAUGUUAAUUACAUUACAUGCUAUUUGAGGUUGGCACUGUGUUAGAGGGUGUCAAAGCAAACUUUCACAACUAUAGCUGGCUGUUCACACACUGGAGUCAUUGGAUUAGCAGGUGUGUAAUCUGAAGUAGAGUCUGGGAGUGUGCUCAAAACCUUUGUUUGAUAGUUUUUUCACUGCCAAGAUCUUUGUUGUUUGUACAUGUAUAUGUUCACUUGCUAUGUUCAAGGGUCAAAACUCUUGAAGUAAUAAUAAUGAUAAUGGAUGCUGUGUAAUGUCAUGUUGAGAUUAGCAGUCAUUUAAAAAUAGUGUGUUUGUGUGUGUGAACACUGUCUUUUGGAUUCUGGUUUAAUGACCUGUCAGGACACAAAGAAAUUGAGCUGAAAGGCUGCACCAUUAACUCAUCUUUUAUUUCAGCUAAAGAGACUUCGGGCCACAUGUGCAGUUAGAAUUAAAUUUUAUUAUAGUAGCUGUCACCAGUGUGUUCAUAGCAGGCAGCCCGGUGGUUGGAUGUGAGGAACUGUAUGAAUGUGAAUCAGGGUGCUAAUGAAAAACACAAUUAGACUUCCCUCAAUGAAUAACCAAACAUUUCAUAAACAGAUUUUAAUUGUAGUUCAACAGCUAAAAGAGUUAUAAUAUACAUCUGCAAUCACUAGUUAUUGAUACCUCACAAAAAUAUAUUAAAUAAGGAUUAGAUUUAAUUAAAGUAAUCUUUAACUUAUAAAAGCUGUAAAACAAAAUAAU